AUGGCAGAGAAGCCAAAUUUGAUGGAGAAGUUUGAAACGGCCUUCCACGAUUGUCUGACUCUGAUGGCAGAGGGAGCGCCCAGCAACACGAGUGCAGAUGCAGACCCAUCUGAACUUAAACUUAACGUUGAGGUGACUUUCAACAAAUUUAACGAAGCCGCACGACUCAUGGAAAAUUUCUUCCUAGAAAAGCAAUUAAUCCUUGCAGCAGAUCAAGACGCGAGAGAAAAUAUCGAAGAUCUGAAGAGUGAAUUAGAAAGAAAAGAGUGUAUCAUACAAAGGAACCGUCAGAAGCUUCAGAACUGGAUGUCACUUGCAAACAGCAGCUGUGGUGGAUCGUCGCACGGAGAACCAUCUGGAGCGGCAAACAGUUCGUCAUCAUUGCAGACGAAUCAACGUUUGUAA